CAGACGAGAAGGGGGUCACCCAGGAUUCCCUUGACUCGCUCUCCAGGAAAUAAUAAGAUCUAGUUUGUAGCCUACCUCGUUUAUCGGAUACUAUCAGCUCGUAAGCGCUGCCGUUUAGAUCGUAUUAUCGAUUCGUUUUUUUUAAGAAGAUGCCGAAACGGGGAAGAAAAGUGAGGCAGAUUAUGUCAUGAAUAAACAGUUUAGAAAAACAAGAGGCGCUGUAGAAAUCAGUGAAACCCAUAGCGAAAAGGUCGAUUAAGUACAAAUAUUUGUAAAAAUGAAUUUAUCAUCUUACUUUCUUUUAUAAUGCAGGAUAUAUACGUGGAUAGAAGAAUGACAAAGUAGCUUUUUUAUAUUUUUGAUUGCAUCAGUUAUAAUAAUAGCUAAUCAAUAUCUGAAUAGUCAUCAGGCUAUGAAGUAUAAUUUUUAUGUGUCAUUUUCUAUGAAAUGGCAUGCCUUAUUUGCUUUAUUCCUUGCUUACAGUAAUCUGCUACAGGCUAUGCAUUUAAAUCAAAGGCGAUUUACAAGCUGCGUUCUUGGUUAAAAACGCAGCCGAACGUAACGUGAUUGUGUUCAUAUUAGUAUUAUCGAGAAUAUAAAAAAGACGAGCGUUGAACUUUGAAAAAAAAGGGGGAGGGGGGAGGGUUUACUGUUAAAUUUGUUUAUCAGGAACAGUAGCAAAUGGUCUGUCUUGAAUCUCCGGAGAGCUAAGAUAUAUGAAGAUCGCGACACAGUUGGUUUUCCCUCGCAGAAAUGCCAGUGCGUGCUGUGACCACCAGGUUCAUGUACAAGGGACUUUGCACUAUUCCAGAUGUCCUGUCUUACCGGACCCCUGUUAUCCUGCCCGAGGAUGAGGUUGAAGAGAUACGUGAGGCUUUCAAAGUUUUUGACCGAGAUGGGAAUGGUUUCAUCUCAAAGCAGGAGUUGGGGAUGGCCAUGCGCUCACUGGGCUACAUGCCCAAUGAGGUGGAGCUGGAGGUUAUCAUCCAAAGACUUGAUAUAGAUGGUGACGGUCAAGUUGGCUUUGAUGAAUUUGUCACAUUGCUUGGUCCUAAACUCUCUGCUGCUGGAAUGCCUGAUAAGUUCCACGGAGCAGACUUUGAUUCAGUGUUUUGGAAGUGUGACAUGCAGAAACUUACUGUGGAUGAGCUUAAGAGACUGCUUUACGAUACUUUCCGUGACCACCUCACCAUGAAAGACAUUGAGAACAUCAUCAUGACUGAGGAGAGCCACCUGAACAGUCCUGAGUCCCAUGUUGACAUUGACACAAGCCCAACACAACAGGAAAAACACACAUGUGUGCGUAAAAGCCUGAUUUGUGCCUUCGCCAUUGCAUUUAUCAUCAGCGUUAUGCUCAUUGCAGCAAAUCAAAUGCUCCGCAGAGGAAUGAAGUAAAUACUAAACCAGCUGUCUACAAAGAGAUUUAAGGACGGACAAUGAAGAAACAAACAUUAACCAAAAUACUUGACUGUUUUUGGUUUUGUUUAAUGUUUUCAAUACCAACAAUGAUGCCAUCACAGCUUCUCUCUUUAUUGGACCAAAUUACUGUAUGUCAGACAGUGGUUUCCACAAAUCAUAGCAUACCAUCAUAAAAAAAGAAAAAGAAUGAAAGACAUUUCAAGGGCUGAUUAUUAUGCUACAAGAUUGAUUCAAAUUUCUGAUGUUUUCUAAGCAAUUCGAUAUGAAAGUAGACUGUAGAAGUAUGUCCUGUAGCAAUGGAUGUGCGGUGUCUGUGAAAACAAUUAAUGUUGUUGAUGAGAACCCAAUAAUCAUAUUAUAUUAUAUUAAAAAGCAAUACACAUGUGUUGAUGGGCUGCAUAUUAAGAAGCUUUAAAUCACCUACAAAAGCAUAUAAAUGACUGGGUACUGCCUAUUGUGUCUCUAUUAAAUCUUUGUUUGUUUUAGCGCCAAGAUUUCCAGUCCAGAAGUCCAAGACAUCUGCCAUCUGUGAUGUUAAUCGUAACAAAAGAGUAGCCCCACUAAGUCAAAACACAAAUCUGUUGAAUGGAAUAUUUAAAGUAUUUUGACAACUUUUUAGCCAUGCUAGAGGCAUGGCUCUAGGGAUGACAAUGUCAGUCUGUCAGUUGGUUGAUUCACCACUUGGCCUAGACUGAAAUAUCUCAAAAACUGUUGGAUGUAUUGCCAUUAAACUUUGAACAGACAACUUCUCAUUCCCAGAGAAUGAAUGCUACUGACUUUAAUGAUCCCCUGGCAUUUCCUGCAAUGCCACCAACAAAUCAAAGUUUUCAGUUAUCCUGUGAAAUAUCUCCAUAUCUACUGGAUGAAAUGGCACAACAUUUAGUAUAGACAUGUAUGGUUCCUGAAGGAUGUAUCCCAUUGAAUUUGGUGACCCCUGAUUUUUCCUCUAGCAUCACCUUGAUGUUGACAUUUGUGGUAUUGAGUGAAAUGUCUCAGGAUGAAUUGUAAUAACUUUGGUGAUCCCCUAAUUUUUCAUCUAGCCACACUUAAAUCAACCUCAGCUGUAUUUUAUGCUUAGUGCUACUUAGCAAAUGUUAAUUUCCCAAACUUUCCACCAUGUCAAUGAAAAGUACAAUGAGAACCAAACAGUUAACAGGAAUAAACUGGUGAACAAGCACAGGAACCUACCGGACAGCGCUGCUGAAAAGAACGAUGGAAAGGAGAGUGGCAUGUGGACACAGCCUGUGACCCUCAACCACAUGCUGUGUACGCCAUGUCAGCUGAUCCCAGGGGCCAUUUCUAAAGAUGUCACGGUUUUCUAAAAAAAAAUAUUGGUUUGUUUUAAAGCUCACAGUGAGCCUUCUUGGCUGAACAGCUUCAUUUGGAAAUUGACCAGCUUUUGUUCCCAGUUAAAAAAUGUAUUUGUAAGAAUUAAACUGAAGUGAACAGUAAAGUCCAAAUAAGAGGGAAAACACAGCAAGAAAUUACAAAAUCUCUCUAAGAAAGAUCAUACAAGAGUGUGUGCAUAGGCAUUUAAGCAAAAAGCCCAGACUUCAAGACAAAUGAGGAUCACACAACUUGUUAAACGUGUUUCAGAAGAGUCAGAUUCAGAGAUUCAAGGUUUAUUGCCACAGUAAGUUACACUUACGAGGAAUUUGCCUUGGUGAUUGGGGCAUACAUAAACAGACAUAUUAAACAUAUCAUAUCAAUCAUAUACUCACAGUCUGCCAGCGAUAACAUGUCAAAUGCUGCAUAUUUCAAAUCUGUGCAUCUAGGCACCAAAAUGAGUCAUAAUGAGUCACACUGAAAGACAAUUGAUUUACUGUAUGGCCUGAGCUACCUGCUGUGAUUAAAGUCGAUCGCCACAAGUUUAGAGCUCCAACAAAAUUAAUUGUAACAUUUAUAGCAAAUAACAAUGAAGGAUAUUCAGUUCACACGAUACACAUGCAUGUACAUUAGACAAGAAAUAUAUGUGUGUUCUAUGUGUUUAAAUUUUGAA